GACAAGGCUGAAGAGUAUCUCCACAAAGCCCUUGUCAUCACGACUGAAAUUGGCGACAAAGGAAGGGAAGCAUCAUGUUAUGGAAACCUAGGUACUGUGUUUACGUCGCUUGGCCAAUACGACAAGGCUGAAGAGUAUCUCCAAAAAGCGCUUGUCAUCAAAACUGAAAUUGGCGACAGACGAGGGGAAGCAUCAUGUUAUGGAAACCUAGGUACUGUGUUUCUGUCCGUUGGCCAAUACGACAUGGCUGAAGAGUAUCUCCAAAAAGCGCUUCUCAUCACAACUGAAAUUGGAGACAGACGAGGGGAAGCAUCAUGUUAUGGAAACCUAGGUACUGUGUUUACGUCGCUUGGCCAAUACGACAAGGCUGAAGAGUAUCUCCACAAAGCGCUUUUCAUCAGAACUGAAAUUGGCGACAGAGAAGGGGAGGCAACUGACUACGGAAACCUAGGUACUGUGUUUACGUCGCUUGGCCAAUACGACAAGGCUGAAGAGUAUCUCCACAAAGCGCUUGUCAUCAGAACUGAAAUUGGCGACAGAGAAGGGGAAGCAUCAUGUUAUGGAAACCUAGGUACUGUGUUUACGUCGCUUGGCCAAUACGACAAGGCUGAAGAGUAUCUCCAAAAAGCGCUUGUCAUCAGAACUGAAAUUGGCGACAGAGGAGGGGAAGCAUCAUGUUAUGGAAACCUAGGUACUGUGUUUACGUCGCUUGGCCAAUACGACAAGGCUGAAGAGUAUCUCCACAAAGCGCUUGUCAUCAGAACUGAAAUUGGCGACAGAGAAGGGGAGGCAACUGACUACGGAAACCUAGGUACUGUGUUUAAGUCGCUUGGCCAAUACGACAAGGCUGAAGAGUAUCUCCAAAAAGCGCUUGUCAUCACAACUGAAAUUGGCGACAGAGGAGGGGAAGCAUCAUGUUAUGGAAACCUAGGUACUGUGUUUACGUCGCUUGGCCAAUACGACAAGGCUGAAGAGUAUCUCCACAAAGCGCUUGUCAUCACAACUGAAAUUGGCGACAGAGGAGGGGAAGCAUCAUGUUAUGGAAACCUAGGUACUGUGUUUACGUCGCUUGGCCAAUACGACAAGGCUGAAGAGUAUCUCCAAAAAGCGCUUGUCAUCACAACUGAAAUUGGCGACAGACGAGGGGAAGCAUCAUGUUAUGGAAACCUAGGUACUGUGUUUACGUCGCUUGGCCAAUACGACAAGGCUGAAGAGUAUCUCCAAAAAGCGCUUGUCAUCAGAACUGAAAUUGGCGACAGAGAAGGGGAGGCAACUGACUAUGGAAACCUAGGUACUGUGUUUACGUCGCUUGGCCAAUACGACAAGGCUGAAGAGUAUCUCCACAAAGCGCUUGUCAUCACAACUGAAAUUGGCGACAGACGAGGGGAAGCAUCAUGUUAUGGAAACCUAGGUACUGUGUUUACGUCGCUUGGCCAAUACGACAAGGCUGAAGAGUAUCUCCAAAAAGCGCUUGUCAUCAGAACUGAAAUUGGCGACAGAGAAGGGGAGGCAACUGACUAUGGAAACCUAGGUACUGUGUUUCAGUCGCUUGGCCAAUACGACAAGGCUGAAGAGUAUCUCCAAAAAGCGCUUGUCAUCACAACUGAAAUUGGCGACAGACGAGGGGAAGCAUCAUGUUAUGGAAACCUAGGUACUGUGUUUAAGUCGCUUGGCCAAUACGACAAGGCUGAAGAGUAUCUCCAAAAAGCGCUUGUCAUCAGAACUGAAAUUGGCGACAGAGAAGGGGAGGCAACUGACUACGGAAACCUAGGUACUGUGUUUACGUCGCUUGGCCAAUACGACAAGGCUGAAGAGUAUCUCCAAAAAGCGCUUGUCAUCAAAACUGAAAUUGGCGACAGACGAGGGGAAGCAUCAUGUUAUGGAAACCUAGGUACUGUGUUUACGUCGCUUGGCCAAUACGACAAGGCUGAAGAAUGCUUGGAGAAAGCUUUAUUCAUAUACAGAGAUAUUGGAGAUGGAAGAAGAGAGUUUGAAAUCCUCGGAAGUUACGCCGUUUUGUAUUUAUAUCAAGAUAAAAUCAAAGACUCUCUGUCGUGUCUUCACCUGUGCAUUGAAAAGUAUGAGGAGCUGAGAUAUCUCUUGGUCGCCAAUGAUCAGUUCAAAACAUCAUUUCUGGAGAACACAGGAAUAUUUUCCUACAAGCUGCUUUGUACUUUGCUUUGUGACACCGGAAAUGCUCGGGAUGCUCUUUAUGUUGAGGAGUUGGGUCGAGCUAGAGGCCUAUUAGACUUAAUGGCAGAGAAGUACUCGGUUGAAACGCACAUCUCUGCUAAUCCACAAUCUUGGUUUGGCAUUGAGAACAUUUUAAGAAAGAAAAAUAACUGCACUUGUCUGUACAUUUCUUAUUUUCAGAAUCGUCUGCAUUUGUGGAUCUUGAAAACAAGUGGAGUCCUUCACUAUAGAAGAGUAUCACCAGAAGAGAAUCUAGUUCAGGCUGGGUUGCCCAGAGAUUUGUCUUUAAGUAAAUUUUUGGCAGAUUAUUUGCAAACUCUCUCCCCCGGGCAAAAGAGCUCAGCAGGAUUGCGACUCGUGGAGGAACACGAGGACGAGAACGAAGGAGUCAUUUCAAGUCUAUCUUUGUGUUACAAAAUGUUUAUUGCCCCCGUUUAUGAUUUGCUUGAGGAGCCUGAAGUCAUAAUCGUCCCUGACCGCUGUUUGUACAAAGUUCCGUUUGCUGCUCUCCGUGAAAAGGAGGGGACCGAAUACCUGUCGGAGACCCAUAGGAUCCGUCUCAUUCCUUCUUUGACAACACUCAAGACCAUUCAAUAUAGUCCAGAGGAUUAUCACACCAACGCUGGUGCCUUGGUAAUAGGCAAUCCCAAGGUUGAUUGGCUGCUGCCAUUGCCAGGUGCAAGAAAGGAAGCGGAGAUGGUCGGACGAUUGGUGGGUGUUCCGCCUCUGGUAGACGAGAAAGCAACGUGGCAGGCGGUGCUUGAGCGGAUAAGUUCAGUGAGCCUGAUACAUUUUGCUGCCCAUGGUAACGCUGAGAGGGGAGAAAUUGCCCUCUCUCCCAUUCCUGCUCCUAACGGUCGAAACGCUAUCCUACCACAGGAAGCUUACAUGUUGACGAUGGCUGAUGUCUCACGAGUAAAAAUCAGAGCUAAACUGGUGGUACUUAGCUGCUCUCACAGUGGAAGUGGAGAGAUAAGAGCCGAGGGAGUUAUAGGAAUUGCCCGUGCGUUCUUAGGAUCCGGUGCUCGCUCUGUGUUGGUUGCGCUGUGGACCAUUUCAGACUCAGCAACAGAGCAGCUGAUGAGUCGGUUCUACAAACACCUUGUUGAAGGAGAAAGUGCCGGUGAAUCCCUUCAUCAGGCCAUGAAGUGGAUGAGAAAAAACGGCUUUACCAAAGUGUCUGAGUGGGCUUCGUUUACGCUGAUUGGAGAUGAUGUGAGGCUCGAGUUUGGCAAGCAGAGGAAAGAAGAUGAGAAUAGCUCGAAGGAAACAGACCUUAAAGACUUGUAGCUGGAUAACCAAAUAGAAUAAGUAGAGAAAAUACUCUAUC